CUGGGCCCAGGGCUCCCGCUUCGCUCCGAGGAGGGGACGGGCGACGCCGAGCCCGCACCAGGCGACCGUUUUUUUUCUCCUUCCCCUCAGCGCUGGGCGACGUUCCCCGGGCCGGGCCCGAACCGCCGGGGAAAAUGUCCAGGCCUGUCAGGAACAGGAAGGUGGUCGAUUACUCCCAGUUUCAGGAAUCAGAUGAUGCUGAUGAAGAUUAUGGAAGAGAUUCAGGUCCCCCAUCCAAGAAAAUCCGUUCGUCUCCCCGGGAGGCUAAAAAUAAGAGGCGAUCUGGGAAGAAUUCUCAGGAGGACAGUGAGGAUUCAGAAGAAAAAGAUGUGAAGACUAAGAAAGAUGAUUCACACUCGGCAGAUGAAGAUUUUGGCAGUGAAGAUGAUGACUUAGGAGCAGAUGAUGGCAAAGCUGACAGUGACUAUGAGAGCUCUCAAAAAAGCAAAAAAGGAAAAAAGGCUAAACCAGAAAAGAAUAAGAGAGCAGCCUCCAAAUCCAGGAAAAGGCCUGCAGAGGACAGUGAAGACGAGAAAGAAGACCACAAAAAUGUGCGUCAGCAACGACAGGCAGCAUCCAAAGCAGCUUCUAAACAACGAGAGAUGCUUAUGGAUGAUGUGGGUAGUGAGGAGGAAGAACAAGAGGAUGAUGAGGCACAGUUCCAGGAGACAGAUUCAGGAAGCGAUGAAGACUUCCUCAUGGAAGAUGAUGAUGAUAGUGACUAUGGCAGUUCAAAAAAGAAAAAUAAAAAGGUCUCCAAGAAAUCCAAGCCAGAGAGGAAAGAAAAGAAAAUGCCAAAGCCCAGGCUAAAGGCUACAGUGACCCCCAGUCCAGUGAAAGGCAAAGGGAAGGCAGGCCGCCCCACAGCUUCCAAGGCAACAAAAGAAAAGACCCCAUCCCCCAAAGAAGAGGAUGAAGAGCCUGAAAGUCCCCCAGAAAAGAAAAAAUCAGCCAGCCCUCCACCAGAGAAGUCAGGGGAUGAGGGAUCUGAAGAUGAAGCACCCUCUGGUGAAGAUUAAAUGGCAGUUGAGGAAAUCUUUGUUUAAAAAAAAAAAAAGAAAAAAAAGAAAAAGGAAAAGAAAACAUACUUAGGGGUAGAACACGGUUUUGGCUGUGGCUUGACUCAUGGGCUUUGAAUGCUGUCUUUACUUUCAGCUGUUUAAUACAGUGUAUCCUUUUUUUAAUAAGAGGAAACCCUUAUACAGUAAUAUUUUGAAGUCAAUGUUCUCUGUUGGCCAUUCCGUUCUCCCUCCCCCACCAAAUCUGAAAGCCAUUUGAGACAAAUUAACAGACCAUUUAAAUAUAUAUUUUUUUCAAGGGAUACUGCAGUUGUGAAGCAAUAAGGUUUGAGACUGAUACGUGGAAACCAUACUUACAAAUCGUUAAGUAGAAUAGAUUUCCCAGUGCUGGUAAGAGUUCUUUAAAACUAUUAUUCUGUAUUUGAAUAUGUGGAAAAAAUGAACCUAUGCUUUAACAGACUUUUGUUGAUACAAGUUCACUCUCAGAAAAAAAUGUAGUUGAUACGAAUUCCAAUUGAGGAAGAGGAAACAUGGGAAGGAAACCUGUGUUUCUUGGAUUCAGGCAUGUUUUUCAUGGAAAGCAAUCAAGAGACUUGUAGAUGGUCCACUGUCUUUUAUUUAGAAAAGACCCUCCAAUUAGGAUGCGAGAUCUUUUGUCUUUGCUGGAUAGAAUACUAUUCUGCUUUAGGCAAAUUGCAGUUCAUUAUAUACAAAUUCAGAUAUACAACCUACAAGCUUCUCACAUCCAUUAACUCUAUUUUAUUUCUUCCAAGGUUGGCUAUAGAUGGGCAGAAUAGGGAAGAGAAAUUGAAAACAAUUUUUUAAACUCUGGUUUCCAUUUGGUAUUGUGGAAAAUGUCUUUAAAGUUUUUCCAAGGAGAAAAAUUAAUGGGUAGUGUAAAACUAAAUUCGUUAGCUUUUGGGUCAAGGGAUGUCCUUUUAUAAAUGUGAAGCAAAGGAUUCCUGUAAUGCUCUGGUCAGUCUCGGAUCCCAUGAGUCACGCUUAAGUGUUUCUCUUCUCUCCCUCCAUCUGUCCUCAGAAAGGCUAUGUAGUCAUACCUCUCAGCCUCUCCAGCUACAGUGUUGGACAGCAGACUUCCAUCGAUAGUGAACAUCACCACGAUACCACUUCCAUUUCUUCAUCCUUCCAUCCUACAGUGUGGGAGGCUUUGCUCCCACAUCGACGUGUCUGCUUCUAACUGUUGGUCAUCAUUCUGCUCCCUAAGCCUAAGAAGUGCUGAAUAGGGAACACUAUGAAAGGAUGAAGGUGGAAAGAAGUGGAGUUUGGAAGCAGUGUAGCAGGGCUGUCGUUUUAUAAUAAAAGCAGGAUGUCCCUCUAAAUGCAAGACACUUGAGAUGUGUGUGGUGGCAUUUUAAUGUGUUUUUAUCAAAGCAGCCAUAUCCUUUUUUUAAACUUUAAUUAAAGUACACAAGCCUUGGUUUUUCAAACCCUAAUACAGAGGUUGCUGCCAUGUUUGUUGGUGGAAAUAUUGAAAACUGGACCUGCCAUUUUUCUUUCUUUUUUUUUCUUAAACCCUUUGUGCUUUCUGUAUGUCGCUCACAGUUAUCUUAUAGCUGACAAGCUUUGCAUCUUGUUUUUUUGUCACAGAACUACACGUUUUGUAACCAGCCUCUUGAAGGUAACAUAAGGCAGCUAAUUAGUUGGAUUUCUGGUGCACAUGCUACCAGAUUUUUAAUCCUGUUUGGAUUUUAGAGAGCUUUUAGAUGUGAUACACUAAUACGACCAGGAAGGACACUUGGCUGAAUGGCAUAGGGAGCCUGAAGAUGCUGAGCACAGUGUGGAGCCUAAAAUGUGGAACGGUAAUGUAACAGCCAAGUGAUUGUCUUGUGUGAUUCAUAGCCAUGGAUUUUACUGAGGCUGGUAAAUUACUUUACCUUGGCUUAUAAAAAUUUAAGUUCUCUAACAUUCUUUACUAUAAUGAAACUACUGUUGCCGUUACAAUAAAGAUGAUCGGUGUUGCCAUUGUAAAUCUUUUUUUUUUUUUUUAAAGUGGUUUAAUUUUGCAGAACAGCUUAAGGCUGGAGUGAAGUAUCAGUCUUGAAAAAGAAGCGAACGUAAUCCCCUCUCCUCUCCCACACCUCUUCCCACCUUCCAGAUUUCUGGGAGAGCAGAGUCUCUUGCAUUCCCUCCACUCCUAGUCCAGUGCUUCUUGGGUAAUAUGGGAAAAUAAAUGGCCAAGUUUUAAAAAACAUUUGGAUUAAAUUUGGGGGUAGCAUACACUUUUGUAAAUGUCUGGUCCACAUAGUUGUUCCCCUUCAGUCCAGACUAUGUUUCAAGCUAUUCUUGUCUAUUGGGUUCUUAGGGUUUUUUUGGUAUUAAAAGGUACAAGGAUUACUUAAAUGUAGAAUACCUCUAGCUGAUUUGGUCAAACAGCUGUUUCUUUACCCGCUAGACCAGAUUUUUUCUGAAGAGUGUAUUUUGUAAGUUCCACUUAAAAUAUAUUUUUGGAUUUUUUUUCUAACACAGUUAACUAAAGUUAAGGCUGUGAAAAGUAUGUUUCCGUUGUUCUCAGUUCAGGUUUUGGACUGCAUUAUUUUAUGCCUGGCAAUUUUGGCCCUUUAUCUUACAAAACUGUUCUGCUUUCUCAUAUGUUCAUCUCUCAUGGCUCUUACAGGCUGCACGAUGCCUGUCUUUGAGUUUGUCACAACCCAAACACUAUGUAAAUCCUGUACUACUUCUGGGAUUUUGUAACUUUUUCUAUAUCUUACUGUUUUGCUGAUUUGUGCAAACACUAAGCCCUAAUGGUCUCUUGGUCACUCUGUUAGAAAUACAGCAGUUUACAUUUCUACAGACAGAAGAAAAUUGUGAAGGUUAAUACUUUUUUUUAGUACACAACAUUUUUCAGUAGUGGCAGGCUUAACAUUUUUAAAUGUCCUUUUUCAUUAAUUUGUAUUAAGCAUUCUGAUUUCUUGAAGGAAAGCUGUAAAAAUGCCUUUCUUUAGGAGUGUGAAUAGUUCUUCACGGAGCAGAAAGUUUCAUUCACGGAAGAAGGCUUUGAAAAGAUUGUCUUCUGUUACGCAGCUGUAGUUUUGGAGCCUUUGCAGAGAGGUAAAUGGAUUUAUUCCAAAGUUCAGUUAAUUUAGUGCCCUGCCCUGGUCUUACUCUUAAAAUGGUAGUUCAUAGCUAACUUCCAUUAUAUGUCCUUUCAUGCGUUCUGCUUCUGAAUCCACACCACCACAUCCAGUUUUGCAGUUACAUGCCAAUAGUACUGCCUUUAACUGGCCAUAAGGCUUGAUCGGUAAAAAUUUGCUAUUUCAGUUGGAAUGUCAUACUAAAGAUUAUUUGCUUCAGUUUCAGUUUGAUCAGCAUGAGAAUGCCAAACAUGCCAAGCUAAAUGGGUUUCAGAAUGGAUUGUGGGUGAGAGCAAGACUUAGAAAUGGGGCAGCGAAGAAGCUUUUAAUUUUGUUGUUUUAACUUCGUCAAAGCAGAAGAGUAUGUGGGGAGAGAAGCAGCACACCUUGGGUGACUUCUGCUAGGCAACCUCACCAAUGCCAGGUAACGGCUCUGAGCGUGCUCAGCUCCUGUGCCACCACAUGGCUACAUCCGCAGGUGAUGGACUACCAGGGCAGUGGCAGAAGAUGUGCUUGAAUUCCUUUUUUCCUUUUUUCCUUUUUUUUUUUUUUUUUUUCCCUUCCGCUGGUGAUGGUCACAAAGGUACAAUAGACAGAGGCACCCAGGUUAAGGAGGGAGGGAAGUAAACUGUAACAUGCUGGAAGCUUUUGAGCUGUAGAAACUGGUGCUUUGCUUUAUGUAAUUUGUUUGUGAAGUGUUUAUUUUUAUAACAGAUCAUAUUGUUGAACACAUGGUUCUUAAAAACUACAAACUGAUCCGUGAGUUAAAUGUUUGAGAAGUGGACGUUCAUCUGUUGGAGGAGGCAGGAUAUGAAAAUGUAAGCAGAUGAGAUAUUCAAAGGGACACUGUCACAAAAUAGUUGCUGGC